AUGAAGGAGUGGGAUGUCAGGAACCCCGCCAUGACCGCAUACUGCAAUGCAGUGAGGAAGUUGCAAAAGAAGUUUGAAGGAUUGGAGCUCCACCACAUUCCCCGAAUCAAGAACCAAGCAGCAGAUGACCUGGAAAAAAUAGGUUCCACUCGGAAGCCUAUCCCCAGCAAUGUGUUCCUUGAGCUUCUCCAUUCCUCGCCAGUACAAGAAGAUCCAUUUACUAAAGAACCUCCCCAGCCAAUAAGUCCUACCAAUCCAACUGAAGUCGAAGUGCCAACAGUUAUCGAUCUAGUUAUGGAGAUUCUGGUAAUCACCCCCGACUGGACUGUGCCGUAUAUUACAUAUCUGCUCAGGCAGGGGCUUCCAGAAGAUGAAGUUGAAGCACGUCAGAUCGUCCGCAGGUCCAAAGCCUUCAUAGUGAUAGGCGGACAGCUCUACAGAGAAAGUGUUACUGGCGUGGCUCAGCAAUGUAUCUCUCUAGAAGAGGGUCGACUGAUAUUGGAUGAGAUCCACUCGGCGACCUCUGGUCACGAUGUGUCCUCUCGAACCAUCGUGGCCUAA